CUAAAAUGGAUGAAACUGAACUUGAUCGACUUGAACACCUCAACUUAGUGUCUCGAGUUAUUACAGAAUUAGAAAAUCAUUUUGGACUUAAUGACAAAGGCGUGGCAGAAUUUAUAAUUCAAUUGGCAAAGGAUGCUGGGACUUUUGAUAAAUUUAAAAAAGCGCUGGAAGAAAAUGAUCUGGCUGAAGGAUUUGAUGAUUCAUUGGUUCAACAUAUUUUAAGACUUGUUUUGAGUAUGGAACGUAAAAAGAAGCAACAAAAACAACAGCAACACACGCCAGCAAAUUCUAUAUUUUUAACUAUAAAUGAUGAAAAAGAAGAAUUAAAACAGAGACUUCCUGCUUUAGCUAUGCCAAACACUAAAAAUACGUUAAUGGAUGAAUUGGAAGAUUUGAAGACAAAAUGGGAAAUGGAGAAGUCAGCUACAGCAGAUGAGAAUGCUCGUGCACGUAGUAGAAGUCGAAGCCCUGAAGUCAAAAAUCGAAGAAGGCAUGAUCAUAAAAGAGAUGACCGUUCAUCAUCGCCCCACCACAGAAAACGACGCGAUGAUAGAAGAGGAGAAAAAAGAAAAUCACCAAGAAGAAGGCGAUCAUCUCGUUCAAAGUCUCCAAUUAUUAAGAGUAAGAAAUUACUUGAAGAAGCUGAAAUGUUUUGUAUUUAUGAUGCAAAAAUAAAUAAUAUUACAAAUUUUGGAGCUUUUGCUGAGCUUGAAGGAUUCCGUCGAAAAACUGAAGGAUUAAUUCAUAUUUCUCAAAUCAAAAAUGAACGUGUUAAUGCUGUAGCAGACGUUCUUAAUCGUGGACAAAGAGUCAAAGUCAAAGUGAUAAAAAUGGAUAAUUCCAAAAUUUCUCUUUCAAUGAAAGAAGUCAAUCAAGAAACUGGAGAAGAUUUAAACCCUGAAAAACCAAAAGAUUUAUCGGCAAAGGUUGAUGAUGUAAGAUUGGCAAAUCCAGAUGCUCCAUGGCUUAAUCCUUCAGAUGAUUUGCCUUCUAUACAAUCUUCAAAUGUUCCAAUGAAACGUACGAGAGUACGUCUUUCAACUCCGGAAAGAUGGGAAUUUCGUCAAAUGCAAGGAGGUGGUGCUAUUCGACAAAUUGAUUUGCCUGAUUUUGAUCAAGAAUUGGGAAUUAUGAAAAAUUAUGAUGAAGAAAGUGAUGGCGAAGAUAUUGAAAUUGAGUUAGUGGAAGAUGAUCCACCUUUUCUUGGUGGUUAUGGAAGACAUGCUAUUGAUUUGGAACCUGUUAAAGUUGUAAAGAAUCCUGAUGGUAGUUUGGCCCAAGCUGCUUUAAUGCAGGGAGCAUUGUCAAAAGAACGUCGUGAUGUCAAAAUACAAAUGCAAAGAGAAAAGGAUGCUGAAAGACAACGGUCAGGUUUAGGCCGGUCUAGAAUUCAUGAUCCUAUGGCAGCUUCGUCUACACGAACGGAAGAUGAUGAUGAAGAUUUAUCACUUCAAAAAAGGGAUAUGCCAGAAUGGUUAAAACACGUUACAGCAGGAGGUAAAGCAACUUAUGGCAAGAGGACAACAAUGACUAUAAAAGAACAACGCGAAUCAUUACCAAUAUAUUCUUUAAAAUCAGCACUUUUGCAAGCAAUACAUGAUAAUCAAAUUUUAAUUGUAAUUGGAGAAACAGGUUCGGGUAAAACAACACAAAUGACGCAAUAUUUGGUUGAAGCAGGAUAUGCAAAUAGAGGCAAAAUAGGUUGUACACAACCAAGGUAAAUAUUUUUUGAUAGUAAAAGAGUAUCAAGAUUUUGC